AUGCACCAUCCUCUCAACCCAGUAAGGAAAGCUUCGUCAUAUAAUCUUGGGAUGGCGGCCGCUUUGUGUUUCCUUGCCGUACUCAACACCUUCGUCUUCCGGGAGCUACUCGAGAUUUCUGAAGAGGAAUCCGGGUUGCCCGGAGCCGGCCCCCACGAACGGGCGCCUCGAAAGUGGAGAGAGAGAUAAUCUAUACCAUUCAGGAGUAUUGUCGUAAUUUUACAAAAUAAAAUGAUUACCAGUUGACUGUAAGAUUGACGUCAUCAUCAUCCUUGUAGAAGAGUAGUAUCUUAAGUCUAUUUGAAAUGGCACACGGUGAUAUGGUCUUAUUGUUUGUCAUAUUAACUGUUAGACAUGAAAGUUCAAUUAGCUAACUUCUUAUAGGUUAGUCAGGUUGUGUAAAUUUAUAUAUUGUUUCGAGUACAGUAAGAAAGUCACUAUCGCGUCAUUUAUUGAUGAAGGUGACUAUACCAAAUAUUGACUUGUGAUCUCUCAAAAUUCUUCAUUACCUUGUUGGUAGAUUUAAAAAGAGUUCAAUUCCUUCUCACAACUACGAAUAUCAAGUUUUUUUAUCACUUCCUAUUAUUUUCUUCAAUGGAAUACGCGAAGGAUUAAUGCUCUUUGUAAGCUUCAAGAAGUAACAUAAGAUUAUUCCAACAUGCAACUAUUAUUUUUAUGAAAGCCGAGGGGGUAAUCAUGCAACUAUUAAAGCUUAACAUACAAGGGUUAAUAUUAGAUGGUACUAGCACUAUACUAAAUCUUAAGGCCAUGAUAUUUGUCUUUAAAAGCUAGUUGUUCAAAAUUCUACUUCCUUCCCCACACAAUGAUAACAUAAUUUGGACCUGACCCAAGACAUGUCAACAGGCAUAAAUCAUCCUCUGUGAUGGCAUUGAGCUGGAGUCCCCUGAGUUUGCAGAUGUGACGUUCCAAUACUUUCGAAACUUCUCUCUCUGUUGAUGACUUUCAUUUUGUAAAUCCUACUUCCUACGGAGGGCUUCUAAGACUAUUACCAUAUCCUCUUUUUGAAAGUCUCAAAGCGGGAUGAUCCUCUCUCUUUGGAUGGGCGAUUAAUGUAUUCUUUUGUAGCUAAUAAUGCCAAUAUUGACAUAGUAUAAUUAAUGCAAGUUGGGACAAUAAAAUUUUGAUAGAACUCUUUGGUGCAUGUGACGAAAAAAUUCUUGGUAAAAAAUCUUUAAAACCCAAGAACACAUAAUGGGCGAUGGGCAAUGCCUUGGGUGUUGGAAGAAGGGGAAGAUAACCGGACCUAGGUGAUCAUGUCGAGCAGUGCUUCUCCACUUCUCGAGGCACUCGUCUGUGGAGCACCGAGACGACUUAUAGCGUCAGAGCUGCAUCUCAGUUGAGGUACGCAAAGGGAGUCACAAAGCUGCUGCUGUCUUGAGAACAGACAAUGAAGCUUUCCUUGCUUGGUCAAGAGGAGGGCUGAUGCAAGACUCCAUGGGGCCCCCUUCCCUCACUUUCAGCCAGGUGGCUUCAUCUACGCAUGGUGGCCAUCUUUUACUACCUUCUCGCUAUCUGGAGUAGUCCCUUGGCGCUGAUCACGGUGGCUGAUGGGAAGGGCUUUCUUGGAAAGGUAAAAUCGUAAUUGGUUAUGUGACCAUGUUCUCCAUUUGGCUCUCUCCUCUCUUCCAUCUUCAAGAUUGGGUGAUGGAAAGAAGAAGGAAUUUAGAAACAGAUAUGAGCAACAACUAUUUUUACUAUGGGACAUCUUAUGAUUUUUAUAUCAAUUUAUUCUCCGUUAAUGCAUUUCGCAUUGGGUAGAUCUUUUGUCUUUCAAUUCUUCUGGAUGAAUAAAUAGAAGCUUUGAAUUACUAGACAGUCUUUACGUAUGCAAUGCAACUCUGAGAGCGUAAGGUGCUAAUAUAGGUUGAGAUGGGUUUACACACUACUCUGCCAGGUGCCUGACCAGUAGGACCAUCAUUGUCUUACCAAGCAUCGUGAUAUAGAUCGGUUGUAUCGGACUCGAGUCGCAUUGACAGGAGAUAGACAAUCAAGACUGACAUCCAAGUUGUUCAAGGGUUAUGACGACUGGGGUCGACCUAGUAGAAUAAUACUAAGCCCAAGAUAAUGGCAUUUUGCGUAAUGACACAAUGGCACUUGAGAUCUGACCUUACCUUAGGUGAAGGUGGGAGAUCACUUGGGCGAUCUCCUAGUUGACAAAGUUGCUGCAUCCCGAUGGGCAAAGAUGUGACUUAACGACGGGUGGGGCUGAAAAUGAGGAACACAAGAAGGCUCCAUUGCUAUUGGUGGGAUGGUUGUAGUAAUGUAUAGGCGGUGGGCCCUAUUGAAAGGACGUCCUCCUUCCUCCGUCCAAUAAUGAUUGCACGACACUGGGGGUCCAUUAGAUUGAAGUUCUUCUGCAUUAUACUCAUCAUCAGGAAAGUAGGAUUACAGAGUGGGGAGAGCAUCUGGGGCAAAUGGCAUCCGAGGACUUUGUAACUGAUGGAUUACAUGGAGGAUACCCUACAUGGGCUGGAAACUAGGCUUCCUGAGCAAUCACAUCUCCAACAACCAUAGAUUCAAUAAUUUUGAAACCCAACACUCUUAGUGUCUAUUUGCAUGCCAAACCACAAGGGAAUAAUUCUUGAAGAGGACUUAAUUAGGCUGUUGGUCAGGAUUCUCUUUUGAUCAAAUCUUGUUAGUCACAUUUUUCAAUAAUUUAAAAAAUAAUCCUUAAUUUACUUUAUAGGGCAACAUCAUUAUAAUGAAUAGAAAUGAUGUUACUAUCUCUAUUUUCUCUUGUUGUUUAACAAGUGAUUAAAAAUCUAAAAAUGAUUUGUAAAUCAUGUGGACAUUUCUACAUGUUUCCAGAUAAUCAUGUUUCUAAAGUAAGCAUUAAUUAGAAUUAAUAUUAAACUCCAGUUUAUGCAUCUUUUUAAAAUAGAUCACAAUGUAGCAUUACUAUAUCAUGUUCAAGGACUCAAUAUUUUCUCAUCAAUUCAAAUAAAAUUACAUUGCACAGAAGUGUACUUGAAAUGACUUAGUAGUUGUAUAAUAAAUCACAUAAAUUUAAAAUUAUCAAUUUAAUUUUUAAAAAUAUUUUAGAAUUAAUUAAUUAAUUACAAUUCAAUAAAAUGUUUCAAAAAUAGUGGAUAAUUUUAAAGUUGAUCAUAGGGAUGUAAGAUAAUAUUAGAUAAUAUUUCAGAAUUUUUCUAAAGAAAUAUAAUUUUUUACAAUUUUUAUACUAAAUGAUGAUUAUAAAAUAUAUUUAAAAAUUCACAAAAAAUAGAAAUAAGGGUACGGACAUAAAAAUGAUGUUAGUGCCCCGACGAAUAUGAAUUAGGAUGAAAUAGAGUUCUACUAGAUGAUUCUUACAUAAGCGAUUACAAAUGACUUAAUUGGUCAAAUUCAGAUUUGUAAAAGUCAGAAGAAUUAUAAUUAAAUGAAGAAUAGUUUCAAAGCUUGAAAUCACACAAAGUAUUACUAAAUAAAGUAAAACUUCAGUUGAAAGUAGGAAAUGUAGAAUUUUGGCCUUGUGAUAGUAAUUGCUAGAAUUUUGAAUGUUUUGAAUAAUUAUUGUGUAAUGUUUGUGACCUAAAAGGCUCUCUUUUAAUAUUGACAACUUAUACAUUUGUUGAAUCUAUUUUUAAAACUAAAAAAUGAUGAUGAAAGUUAAACUAGUUAAAAUGGUAAAUAGAGUUUAGACAUUGAGGUGAUAAUAUGUCAACAAUAUGUCAGAAUCUUGAAUAUUCAAGAGGAUUGUCAUGUAAUAUUCAUAGCCUCAAAUGCUCUCCUUAAAUAAAGAUAAUGUGGGUAAUCUCUAGAUUUUCUUGUAAAAUUUAUAAAUCAAUGAAAUUAAUUGUUGAGUCAUCUCUAGUGGUUGUUACCUAGUGGAGUGGAAAAAUAGUGACUUUGUAGUUCUUCAAUAACUAUCACUCAAUGAAGAUGAGUUAGAUGGAGGUAAGACCUAUCUUAAAGAGUUUCAUCUUCAAGUCUAUGUAGUAAGAAGAGACUUUUCAUUGCAUUUGAUAUGCUCUCAUGAGGUGGCAACUUGUCUUUCGACGGAUCAUCUUCUUUCCAACAAUGACUUAUUUAUUAAUCAAUCAGAGAUGAUUUACUCGAUAGAUUUGUAAAUUUUUUAUCUAGAAUCAUUCAAUUUUUUUAAUAAAGAUACUCUACAGAUCGCAUUGACGAGAUUUUUGUUGAUGAUUGAGUGAUUUUGAUAUUUUAAUUGUUCAAUAGAAAUCUAUAAAAAAAUUAUGAUUUAGUCAAAUAAAAAUAUGAGUUUUGACUUUGAUAGGAUUCGAACCCUCAUUAGUUGCCUGCUUACAUGAGAGAAAGUGAUAUAAAAUAUGUGAAUACUCUUAUAAAGUGACAUCAUAAAGGUAUUUUUUUUGGAUAAAAAGAGAUAUUUUAAAUAUUAAGAUUAAUAAAAUCUUCUAGGAGAUUGUGACCAUUGGUUUAAUCCCACAUCAAUUAUAUAUUGAGUUUUGAGGUGGAUAUAUAGUAAUACAAAAUUCUAUAUUCAAUGUUUCCCUUUCUCGUGUGUAUACAACCACUCCUUGCCUCACAUCUAACUAGCCACUAGUGAUGUGAAGGGGUAGUGACACACGUGUCCCUUACUAGUCUAUCCUUAACCAUUCAAGCCCUUACUUAGUUUCGCCUGAUUGUGCUUUUGACCCACUUGUAGACUCGGCUGGCUGGUGGGUUCUUCAUUUUCUAUAUUUUGAUUUUCUUUUAUUUUUCUUCAUUUAUCUAAAAAAUAUGAUUAUAAAACUUCACAUAAAUUCACAUAAUUAACCAAAAAAUCAUAUUAACCAACUAAAAAUUACUUUUGAAAUUUUAACAUAAAUAUAAGUCUAUUUAUUAUGAGUUAAGGCUUUAUAUAUAUUAUUAAUUAAUUAUUAACUUAUGAUAAUGAAUACUUAUCAAUACUCUUCAUAAUUUAUAAUUAUUAUCUUGGUUCAUAAAAUCUAGAUAAAGGAGAUAUAAUCGUAGAAAAUUUCAAGAUAAAUUAUUAUCUCAACUCAUAAGACUCUAUAAUGAAAUAAAUUUAUUAAGAAUAUAUAACUUAUGAUUUAAACUUUGAUCUAUCUUGUUAGUAAUAAUAUGACUUCAAUCUCUUUGUUUCCUAGUAUGUUUCUAGAAAUUAGAUUGCAUUGGGGGAAUUGGAAGAUAACAUUACUUAUUUGGUGUGAAAUGGAGGAAAAAAAUUGAGUGGGAUAUAAAUCCAAUACCAUACCUUAUUUCAAAGGCUACAAGUGUUAAAGAUCUCAAAUAUUGAUGAGGACAAGAGUUUGAGAUACUUGUACUUUUACUAAUAUUUUGUGAAUAUUACACCAAGAUACUUGCAUUUGUAGGAACUGAAUAAUCUUUUAGUCCAUUUGCUACUCUAAUGGUAACAAAACUGCAAUUGGAUUGCAUAUGGGGCAAUCACUCUAGUAUUGAAGAUUAUUGGCUCUAGCCUACCAAAUAGUAAUCAAGGUUUUGUCAUUGUCUCAACAACUUUACCGUUACUAGUCCAUAAAACAGCAAUAAUGCUGCUAUCAAACCUCAUCAAAUUUAUUAGCUUUAGUUCAGUAGAGAAUAAUUACAACAUUGUCAAAAGUCUGACCAUAGUGAAAUCAAUUGAUAUGGUUAUUAGUUGUAAUGAUUUGUUGUCUUCCUUGAUGUAGCUUAAGUAAGCUUUAUCCAUUUGUUCAACUAGUUAGAACCUUCCUUUGAUAACUUGUGUGGCUUUCAACCUUGGAGGCAACCUCAAUCUUGAACAUCUUGAUACGUGCUAGUUUUUUAUUUUUUUUGGUCCUCAAUUUUCUUGUAGGCUUAUAUGGACUACUCUAAGGGUGUAUGUAGACAUUGUGGCUCUCCCUCUCCUUUUUCCUCUAAUGUAAGAAAAAAAUCUCUUCUUAUAAGUUGAGAUUUGGGGAGUGUAAUAGUCAUUUAUAAUGGCUAUUAACUAUUGUAACUAUGACCAUUAGUUAUCACAUCAAUGUCUGUAAUAUAACUUCUCAAAAUAUUCUUUAUUUUUUCAAAAUUGAUAAAAAAAAAGCAGAAAAAUCAAUUUUUGAUGGACUACACUCUUAUUUCACUAUACUUAUGAUAGAAAUUGAGGCCAAUUUUAAUUUUUUUUUCUUGAUUAAUCAAGUGUUAGGUUGUUCAUAUACUCUUUUAAAGCACAAGAUCAUUUCGGAAUUUGAUUGCUAAAUAUUAUCAUAGUUGUCACAGUUAGGUUAGUCAUAAAAACACUCUAUUAAUUCACUAUGGUAGUUUCAUUAUUUAGGUUGCUAUGGGUUGAUCUAAAUUGAGUGGAAUUUCUAACAUUCAUUGAUUGAGUAUUCUAAUCAUGCAUUCAAAUUGAUUUCAGAAAAUUCAUCUGAAUAUUAAAUCAACUAAUCCACUAUGGGUAAAUGCAUUUUUAAUUAAAUAUUAUAAUCAACAUGCUAAUUGAAUAUAAAAAAUAGAUAUCAAGGUUAAAAUUUUUAAUCCAUGAUCACUAAAAGAAUUUUGAAUUUUAUUUUAGAAUAAAUAUUCUAAUUAAAACUCAAUGAAAUUCUCUAAUGAUUAAAAUAUUUAAAAUAUAAUUGUUAAAUGUAUUCUGAAUUUAAUAUUAUAAUCAAUAUUGGAAUUAAUGUGAGUGCAACAUUAAACUAUAAAUUUUGAGUUAUAAUGAUUAAAACUUCUUAUUUAUGCAUUGAAUUAAAAUUUUAAAGUGUAAUGAAGAAAGAGUUAAUUUACAAUUAAUAAAAAUAUCCAAAAUAGUUAAAAUCGGGUCGAUAAAUCUUUAAAAUUUCUCAUUGUCAAAACCAAGAUUCCAAUAGACCUAAUGCUUAAGAGUUUGAAUUUGAGUCAACAUAAUUCAAUCUAAUAGAUCACCCCCACAAUUGUACUUUAUGCCACUUACAAGGAUUGUCCUUCUUUUUUAAUUUAAGUUUCUGCACUGUUGAAUGCUUGCUUUCAACAUAUAUUGUCCUACCACUUUUUUGUAUUAUUGGUUUCAUUUUCUGCAGAUGGCUUAAAAACAUUCGUUUACUUUCCUACAACUCAUGCAAAUGAUCAACAUGUGAAAUGUUCUAAUGUUUGUUAAUGGAAACUUGUUUAAAUAUGAGCUUUUAACAUUUUUUCCAUUAGGUAGCUAAAUAACAAAUUGGUGCUGGCCUUUGACCGUAUUUAUAGCUUGAGACUUUUUUCUACAUGGAUGCCUCAUGAGGAUAUCUUAUAGUUAAUGUAAUGUUAUGUAAUUAUUGUAUAAUAUACUAUAAACGAAAUCAGUGUCAAUAUAUUUCAUCACCACCAUUUCCUAAGAUUCAUUAUAAUUUAAUAAAAAUAAAAUAAUGUAGCUAGUUCUAAUAGUAUAUGAUAAUGAUGUAUUGCCAUUUGACUUCGUUCUAAGCCAUAUUUGGAUAUAAAAGUAUUGUUAAUAUCCUACAUGAGUGAUUUUAACUGAUCCUUGAAUGUAAAGCUCUAGAUGGCUAAAAUUUGCUUGAAAAGUUCAUCAAAACUUGCACUACUAAGAAACACAAACUGAUAGGAUUGCCUCUUUCUUUUUCCUUCUAAUGGUUUGUUUACUCAUAAUAUUAAAUACAAGUGUAACUAGAUGCCUCAUAUAAAAUUAUAUGAGUCUACUUCACAUAAAGCUAUUUGAUUUUUGAGUUAGACGACUCAAUUAUUGAUCACUAUACAACACUACUAAGUUAUUCUUAUGUGACACAAAAUCAGUCAUUUUGUCCACAUGUAUGUGAAUGGAGAUUUUUUGAUAGCCUUAGAUUGAAAGUAGAUACUCUUAAAUGUGAUGUCCUACUUUACUCAUUAUUUGCUACUUGUGAAUUGGAUAGUCACCGGUUGAUGAGUUAAGGUUUAUAAUUUCCUGAUUAAUUCUGUAAAAUGAGGUGUAUUCCACAAGUCACCCACAAGUCAAAGCACAUAAGAUAAAAAGGGAAAAUGUUAUUUAAUUUUUUUCUCAGAAAACCCUCAAUAAUAAUAUGUAAUCUAUGAGCUCAAGGAAUGAGUUAUUUUUGCAAUAGGUUUUGAAUGCCAAAAUAAGGGUUUAGAAUUGUAGUCAGAUCGUGGAAGUAUUGAAGCCUAUGUAUGUCAGAUAGUAAAAAUGAAAUCUUACAUAAAUAUCAAAGAGAAUGAGAGAUAUCAGACAUCAAUAGGAGACAUGCAUGACUAUAGAAGUACAUACCUUUUGACAUAUUUUAAUUGAUAAUGAUAUCAUUUUUAAUGCAUGCUGGUGUAAGUAUAGUGAAACUAUGUUAACAAUGAUGCAAUGAUCAAGAGGGGAAACAAAAAAUUGUUAGAUAGCUGAUGGGUACUACUUUAGAGGAAACAAUACAUUUGUUUUCACACAAAUAUUCUCUUUGAACUAAACUUUGAUGUGUUCGGCAUUCCUUAUUUGGACAAAUGUAAGUAAACUUAAUAAAGAGGAUGUUUACUUAAGUUGCCAUAGACAUGCUCCAAUGUUUCACUCUAAAUGUUAAGAACGGGAAAAAUCAUGAGCUUCAAACAAUUACAUCAUGUAGGUACUUUUGAUCAAUUGUAAUUAUUAAGUUUUUCUUCAAUGUAGCUUUUAUGUCACGUGGGAUGGUGUUGAAAGGGCUUGGCCGAGUUUGAAGUUAUUGGUAGGGGCGCAACAAAAUGGUUUCACACUUUUUUUAUUUCAAUGUUUUUUUUUCUCCAAAACCAUGUUAUCCUUCCCUAAGGGCGACAAGAGGUGUACAUGUAUUCUUACAUUUUCAAAUAGAAGAUUUUUUUGAGAAAUCUCUUUUUUUUAAAAAAAUCUUUUUACACUGGUCCAUGUAUUAUGGAAGAAUUCAUUUUUUUACAUUUAGUCAUUGGCAACAUAUAUGGAAUCAUUCAUAAUGCUUUGGAGUUUUAACUAUUUAUACAGUAGAAGAUGUCCAAAUCUUAGGCAUUAUGAAUAGUACGUGGGAUGUGUCCUGAAAAAUCAUCUUUGAAUACACAAAAAAAGUGUCAUGAGUUAUCUUUUAUAAGACACUCAUGCUAUGGUCUCUAUUGUAUGUAUGCUAUAGUCAAAUUUCCAUAAAUAUUGACUUUUAAUUAGAGAGCUGGUAUAAAUGGGAGAAAAUAAUAAUGAAACUUAUUUCUAACAAGUAUCUAAAUGAUAUUUAAAUAAACGUUUUACAUUUGAGGUACUAUAUUUAUAAAUUCCUCAUUAAAUAAUCACAAAUAAUUUUUAUGAUUUCAAGCUCUUCUUUCCAACCUUUUUGAGUUUGUCUCUAGGGAUGAAUUCAUAAGUCUUGAAAUUUUCUUAAAGAAUGUGAAAAAUAGUGUUAACAAUAGUAGUAUAAAAUUCAAAAGUGUUGUACCCAUCUAUUUACAUUUGAAAGCAAUUUCCAUUUGCUCUAAAUAUUGUCGCUGAUAUCAGCCAUCAUGAAGCUCAUUGUGCUCUUGAUGCAUUCAUUUGAUUUAGUAUCUUGAGUUUUCAUUUUUUCAGCUGAUGACUUAGUUUACAAUACUUUAAAAUUUAAAUAAAGCUAUAUUCAAAUGAAAGUAUGAUCAUAUUGUAGUGGUCAAUAUACAAUUACAACAACUGGAAACUGAUUUCAGACAUUUAAUUUUGCUAAAGUCAACUGAGUUCCUUUCAGUAGGAAAAAGAGUAUGACGGUACAACAGAAAUUUAACUUGUUUUAUAUAUUUAUUCAAUUAGAAGGUCGAUUAUGAGAUCAUAUAAUUUUUAAGAUUUCAACGAUUUUCACUUCCAAGAUCAAGAAUAACGUUUUUUUAAACUUCAUGAAGAAUGCAUAAAAAAAACUUAGAUAAAUAAUAAUCUGAAGAGUUCAAUGAAAAUUCUCAACGAAAAAAUGAAAUAACUCAAAUAGGUAAGGUAUAAAUAACAUCAAAUUGAUUGUAUACUUAUAAAGAAUACGUAACGAAUGAUUCUUAAGAGAUAAAGUCUAUUUUAUUACUGAAAUCCUAAAAAAAGUAAAUUUUGAUUCAGCAAAAUAAAUGAGGUUAUAUGUAAAAUUUGUCAGACUGAUUAAAUUCCAUGUUCAUUUAGUCUGGCCGGAAAUAAACUCCUCUAUCAUUCUUCAGAUUGAAGAAAAGACGAAGCUUUCGGGAAGAUUUUUCUCGCUACGUCGAGGCAAAGCACAGUCAUUAAUCCAGACAUCGAGAAACCAGAGCAUCCGUCCACACUACUCGCUCUGGCGUAGCUCUCUCCGCUACUGAUGUACAGCUCAUUCAACUCUUUAUCUCUCAUACUAGUGUCUCCGUACAUACCACGUGCAAAGUGUUGAACUGCAAACCAUAGAUGGACCUCCAUUCUUUGUUGAGAUUCUUGUCGAUGUCAACCUUGUCUUUCGCUCAUGUCCCACACUCUCUCUCAGCUUCUGAUCCAUCUUUUUUACAUCUACCAACUUAAUGGCUUUCAGCUGCAGGGUGGGGUCUCCUCUUUGGCAGGAACAGGUAAAAGAGGACCCAACUAUGGGAGAGAUACCGGAUGGGAUGGCAGUAGGGCAGUUAAAUGAGGAUGCAAUAUUCGUGGUGCUACUUAAGCUCCUUGCAUCCUUGCAUCCUUGCAUCCUUGCUGAGAGAGUGAGAGAGUGAGUGAGUGAGUGAGUGAGUGAGUGAGUGAGUGAGAGAGAGAGAGAGAGAGAGAGAGAGAGAGAGAGAGAGAGAGAGAGAGAGAGAGAGAGAGAGAGACCGCGGUCUUAGAAUCUCCUCGAAAAUGAACUAAGGGAGGCUGCAGGCUGCGCGAAAAGGCUGAAAUGGCAAACUUCAUCACUAUCGAGUGUCAUUUAUUGGAAUAUCUCCCCUCUAAUGUCUUGCAUGGAAGGCAGAGCUUUUCAAAACGGCAGCGGCUAACUCCGAAUUGAAGGGCCCAAAAAGCUAGGUGUAAGACCUGGCUGUUUUUUCAAGCUUACGGACUGAACAAUAAAGAAACACACGUUGAUCCAGCGGUGGGGACAUGCCAAAGAUCAUUCAUUCACCAUUGAAUUCUACAACUUGAUAGCUGAAAACUACUAAGCGCCGAAGUCCAACAAUGACUAGAGGUUCUUCUCAUGUAACGAAAAGCGACUUGAAACGUCAAUUAAUUCACUUAGUUUUGCCAUUUUUAUCAAUUGGAAAAACUAUUUCUAAUUGGGAGAACGGAUGAAUUGAUCAAAAUCUUAAGGAUUAUGAGAAAGGAAUAAACUGAAAGAUCUAAGGAAUUAUUCACGAAUUAAAUGAAUCUACAUGCGCGCUGCAAAAACUCUGUUCAACUUACGCGUUGAUCGUCUUUGUAUGAUCUGCUUUAUUAUAUUGAAUAUUAUUUUCCUAUGUACCCAUAAGCAAAUUUGAGGUUAAGUGAAACUUCAAAAAAGGGAUUUGACAUGCCUCCCACAUCAAAAACUUAGAAGCGAUCUUUCUUCACCAACCUGUGAAUCUAGCUGUCACCUAGCUAGAUACCUCUAUGGCGAUGAAGUGGUCGCACCUGCCGUAAGAACCCGACGUUUGGUCGCCUAACUUGGACGAGUACGGCCACACGAUCACGGUACUCAGCCCUCCGUUUCUCAUUUUGGCAGGUAAUGCGGCAGGACAGCCAGGGUUCUAACAGGAUCCCCUUUGGUCAGGAACACUCCUCGCCUCUGCCGACCGCAUCCUUUCGCCUUCAAGCCGCCGCCUCCACAUCAAGAAGUCGGAGUGUCAUCCAAAGAUGAAUAUUCUCCACUCCGCGGCGGGAAGUACUAACCGGGGCCAGAUCCUGUACGGUCACCAUGCGGUGGUGCUGUACAGUUAUUGUAUCAUAACUUGUAAUUAACAUGCAAGAUAAUAUUUUCACUAAACGAAUUCGAUCGACGGUCGAUAUCGUUGCCCGAUGGACCGAAAGACCAAGGGGAUGACUGGUGAGAGCUUCCUCUGAUCCCACCAUCCAGAUGCGAACAACGCCGUUUUUCGUCCAUUCUGCGUACAGCGACAAAUAGUACAUGCGCGGAAGGCCGCUCAUAGUGUCUACGGUUGCUCAGUGACCCCACCCGCGCGCCGGCGAUUGUCAUACCGCUCGACAGUUGGUAACGCGGUCGCGUUCGUUGGCUCCAUCAGGAACGGCGAAGUGUGCUCGCGGGGGGCAGUGGGGUCUCCCUUUGGAUGCUAGCGAGUUGAAUGAUUUGGAUCCUGUUUAGCGGUCGAGCACAACGACAGUGACGGAUCAAUGGCUGUCGUCCUGGACUGUCUAUAUCGUUGGGGUGAAGUGAACUCUGUCAAGCUGUGUCCCAUGGUGAAACAUGUUCUCUGGGGUGUAAUGUUAGAACGGUACCAAAAUACAAAGAACAAACUGCAGUUUGUAAUGGAAUAUGUGAAUUAAACGUAUACGAAUAAGUUUAAUUGCUUCGGUUUGAUCCUCUUAUAGUCUAUUAGAUCAUCACACUUCGCCAUUGUUCCUAGUAAACCCUAUGAGUUGAAGAUGUAUGCCUGCUAUACACCUGAUGAUUUCGGUUUCAGUAUAAGGUUACAUAUUCUUUUCCAUGUAUUUACGGAGGUACGACAUCCAUCAAAGCCUCAGUUCUUACAACUGGUGCCGCAUUUGAACUGGUCAAACGCUGAUUCUGAUUUGUCAUUUGUCCCUCCCUCCCGCGUCGUUGAACGACCCAACGCAAGCUGCAGCUGGACUGAUCUUGAUUAA